AUUCCAAGCGAACGAACGAAAUUGUUUUGUGUUGCACAGACAGCAAAUAGUUAUCAAUCAGUUGGGUUUGUGGUUAUCACGCGUUGCUCAAGUUUUCCUCGUGUAUUGCGUCGUUCAAGUGUGCCAAGUGUUUUAGUGGUCACCGAAAAUAGUAUUUGAAUAUACGAAAUUUGAAAAAGAGCCUAAAAUAUUCGCUUUAUAGUGCCAGUGCCAAAUAUUAAACGAGAAAUUACACAAAUUAAUUGUGAAUUUCGGCGGUGUAAUUGGAUUGUGAUUGCGACAGUCCCCCUUAUAGAGAUUGGGCAGCGUGCGUCCACCAAAGCGUUGCAGAAGCGAAAUGGAUACGUCAUCCGCUUCGGAUAUUGUGCUGAUCCAUGGCAACUCACAUCCAGAUCUCGCCAACAAAGUGGCCGAGCGCAUGGGCAUAAAGAGCGGCGGUUGCUCCGUCUUUCACAAAACCAAUCGCGAGACGAUGGUGGAAAUCGGCGAUUCGGUACGCGGCAAAGACAUCUACAUCAUACAAACGGGCACCAAAGAUGCCAAUAACAACAUCAUGGAGUUGCUCAUAAUGGCGUACGCUUGCCGGACAUCUUCGGCGCGUUCCAUAGUUGGCGUUAUUCCAUACCUACCCUAUUCGAAGCAAUGUAAAAUGCGUAAACGCGGUUGCAUCGUGUCGAAGUUGUUGGCGAAGAUGCUGUGCACCUCCGGCUUAACGCAUAUAAUCACAAUGGAUUUGCAUCAAAAAGAGAUACAAGGAUUUUUCGAUAUACCAGUUGAUAAUUUGCGCGCUUCACCAUUUCUGUUGCAAUAUAUACAGGAGAGUAUCCCUGACUACCGCAAUUCGGUGAUUGUGGCGCGUAAUCCCAACAGCGCCAAGAAGGCGACAUCGUACGCCGAACGCUUGCGACUCGCCAUCGCAGUCAUACACGGCGAACAGAAGGAGGCCGAAAGUGACGAGGUCGACGGGCGCUAUUCACCGCCGCCAGUGAGUACAUAUAGCGAUUUGAUAGGAAAUACAGUUGAAAUGUGCUCCUGUUCUCCUAGCAACAGCCGUGCGCGCACGAUCAGCGUGUCGGUGGGCGUGCCGGAGCACCCACCGAAGGUCAAACCGCCACUAACCAUUGUCGGUGAUGUCAAGGGACGCAUAGCGAUUAUGGUGGACGAUCUAAUCGACGAUGUGCAGGCUUUCGUUGAUGCAGCAUCGUUGCUGAAGGAGAACGGCGCAUGCAAAGUUUACUUAUUGGCUACACACGGUCUGCUCAGCUCAGAUGCACCCAGACUGAUCGAGGAGUCCUCCAUCGAUGAGGUUGUUGUUACCAAUACCAUUCCACACGAGAUUCAAAAGCUGCAGUGUCAUAAGAUCAAAACCAUUGACAUUUCCAUACUGAUUGCCGAGGCUAUACGUCGCAUACACAAUAAGGAGUCCAUGUCAUAUCUCUUCCGCAAUGUAACGCUGGAGGAUUAAGUGUGCACACAGUUGAACCGUUUUUCUAGCGAAACAAUAUCUGAUGCUGAUGUUGUUGUUCAUAAUUAUGUUCGAACAAUAGUGAUGAUAAUGGUGAUGGUGUGCGUUGUUUAUUAUGGAAAUGAAAAACGUGCACAAAUCUUACUUACAAACAUAUUGUAGCGCAUUAUCAUGAUUAUUUUUAUAUGCAUAGCGUAAGAUUUUUUGUUUGUUUUAAUUUUCUAAAUUUAUCGUUAAUCACUUGCGCAUGCGCAAGUAGUUUAUACAAAACAAAAUUCUUCAUAACCUUAAAUGUUUAAAAGCGUUCAAGUGAAUUAAUAUCCCCGAAGAGUUUGCGGUAAAGAAAGAGAAAAAAUAAAUUAAAUAUAUUACACUGAAUGAAGCCAGUCCCCGUAGUUUCCGGUAUCCCAACGUUUUUCCGAAUAAAUUGUAAAUUGAACUUGUAUAUCUAAGUAAGUUUUUAGUUCCGCAUUAUGGCAAGAGAGAUCAUUGUACCCCCCAUUCUCGUAUUGAAAAUUGUGAAUAAAUAAAUAAAUAACACUUAUAUAUGCAUAAUUACA